AUGAAUAAUUAGCAAGUGGAUUAAGGAAUGUAAGAUGGUUAAAACGGUUAAUCUGAAAAGAAAACUAGAAGAACCCGUAAAGAUUAAAAUGACAGAAACUAUAAUUGCGGUUGUGGUAAAUCAUAUUUAUCAUACCCUGCUUUAUAUACUCAUCUUAAACAAAAACACGAUGGUAAACCACCUGAGGGUACUAGUCUUCCAGGACCAUAAGGCAAAGCAAAUAGCAGAGGACGUCCUCCCAAAAAAGAAGAUGGUGAUCAAAAUAAUAAAGAAGAAGAGAAGAGCGUUGGAUCUAACGAAGCAGUUGAUGUGCUUGAAGAAAUAUUGAACUUUUUAGAUACUAUUGAUAAGAAUUAUAGAAGAAAUAAAAAUGACGAGUGGACUGAAGAUAAUAAGCUAAGCACUAUAUUCCCUAUUGAAUUCUUCCAAGGUAAGGAAGAAACUGAGUAUAAAGCAAUUUUAGAUGGGAUUAAGCAACUUGAAGAUGAUCCAGCAAACUAUAUUUAUGAAGAAAUAGAUCCAAAAGAGGAAAUCAAGAAGACUGAAAUGAAUAGAAUAUUUGUUUUAUUCUUAAAUUACAUAGCUAAAGGUGUAUAAAACGAAGCAUUAAAAGAGAUUAUGAUAUUCCUCUGUUUUUAUCGUAAAGCAUUGAAUUAAUAUGGCUGGGAUGCUCUUGAAUAAAAAAUAAACAAUGAAUUGCAAUAAUAAAAUAUGCUUGUUAAUGGCUAAAACGGAGAUAAUCCAGAAUUAAAUGGAAACUCUGAAGCAGCACCACCCUAAUAGCAAUAUUAAAUUGAAUAAUCUAGAAGACUAUAAGAGUACUGCCAAAUAAAUAAUGGUGACGAUUCUUUCUUAAUAUGCAACGAUUUAGUCAUCGAAGUCUUACCUAAUUAUUUCAGAGAAUAUCCCAAUUCAAAUGAUUUAGUUAUUAUAGGUCCAUCUGAUGAAUAACUUAAAAAUGCAGUCUAUAUAAUUUAACAUUUUGCUAACUGGCUUUUUGCAAACAGAUAUACAAAUACAAAGUUGGUUAUUAAAGCAGAUGAUGAAUGA